ACCCCCGAACGUCGGAACAGGCGCUGUGUAUACACCGAGCGUGGUGCCCACCGCCGCACUGAGAGAUUGCACGGUAUUUCCGCGGAGGGGCGGGGCCAAACUGAAGACACGCCCCCCAAGUCUGGCUCACGUGACAGUCACGUGCCCGAUCAGAUGCGGCGUUGCGGAGCGGAGCCUCAGGAUGAAUGGGGCCUCAGUAACUGUUAACGGUGCUCCUGGAGAGAAUAGCUGUGAGACAGAGCCUAUCUGGGAGCGGCCUUGGUCUUUGGAAGAGAUCCAUAAAGCCAGUGGGAACUGGUCACUUGGUGCAGAUGCUGGGCUUCUUCUAUUUCUGCAAGAUUUCUCACAGCAGAUGCUGUCUCGCACACAUGAGAUUGAGAAGCAGCUUGACGACUUGAUCCAGCACACAAAGGCUACAGACUCCCGUCUCCAUAAUGUCUUCAAUGAUUUUUUGAUGCUGUCCAAUAUCCAAUUCAUUGAAAAUAGAGUAUACGAUGAGGACGUUGAAGAGGCAGUUAAACCAGAUAGUGGAGGCAAACCAGCCGAAGUGGAGAAAACACGGGAGCAGAAGGAGGCAGAGCUGAUUGCCAAGGUGCAGGAAGCUGUGCACCAUGGGCUGAAAGUGUUGGAUUCUGCCUUUGAACAGCUGGAUAUUAAAGCAGGAAAUUCUGAUUCGGAAGAUGAAGAAACAACUGAAAGAGUGGAACAUCUGCUGGAACCCAAGGACCUGUAUGUAGAUAGGCCCCUGCCAUAUAUCAUUGGGUCUCCGCAGUUCAUGAAGGAGGAUGAUGUAGGCCUGGGGGACCUUUCCAGUGAAGAAUCUGUAGACAGUGAACGUGGCAGUCUUGUUGAGAGUGAAGAGGAGAGAGAAAAAGAAGAGGAGUCAGAGGAUGAUUUUGAAAGUGAGGAGGAUGAAGAGAAGCUGCCAAAGUCAGUCCCGAAACGGCAGCUGGUCAGUGAUGAGGAUGAAGAUGAUGACUCUGACUUGUUUCAUGAAUCUGAGAAAGAAAGCAACGAAGGGGUUCUGACGAGCUCGAAAAAAAUGGGACACUUUUCCUUUGCAGAAGAACUGGCAGCCCGGAUCCAAGAAGGAAACCCAGAGAAAACAGAUGAAGAGAGAGCAUCUUUAACGUCUCAUGGGUCAACAACCAAGAGCCAAGUAAAGACAAAGAAAGAAACUGGAAAAGCUAAACAACAAGAAGACAGCAACUUGUUUGGAUUUGAGAAUGCUGAUGAAGAUGACGACUACUCUCAAUUUUGCAGCAGGGGUGGUCUGUUCAGUGGAGGGAAGGGCCUCUUUGAUGAUGAUGAGGGUGAUCUUUUCACUGAGGCCCCAAGGGAAAAUAAUGACGAGAAGAGUGAAGUAAAGCCAGCUGAUGAAGACUCUGCUAUAAGAAAAUGUCAGAAAAAGGUACCGGCUGGAGCGGUUGCUAUUUACCCCGGUGACAUAUUUAUAUCUGAGGCAAUUCCUGAGAAAAUCCAUGGGAAAGGAGCAAAGAAAAAGGUGACAAAACCCCCACCAGCUCAGAGUGCUGGAGGAUUGUUUGAUGAGGAAGAUGACGAUUUGUUUGGAUCGAAAACAUCAAAUUCUGUUGCCCCUGAACCCAAGCCAACUACAAUUCUUUUUGAUGAUAGUGAUGACAGUGGACUCUUUGAGACACCUAAAGUAUCCAAAGAGAAAUCAAGAGUGCAGCAGAAUGCAGGACCACUUUCGGAAGUGCUUGAAUCCUCGACGCUGCUCGCAGAAAAGUCCCAAACCAGCUCUGGUCUUUUCUCUGAUGAAGAUGAAUCAAAGGAUUUAGUCUUUCCAAGCAAAAACACCAGAAAAAAUGAAUCAAAGCAGUCAUCAGCAAGCAAGACCAAAUCCAGUCAACUUCCAAUCUCACUCUUUGAUGACGAUGAUGAUGAGGGUGACCUCUUCAGUGCCAUUUCUUCAAAGGACAGUUCUGCAUCGAAGAAAUCUCAGCAACAGAAUGAAUCCAAAGUCGCGCCCAGCAACUUAAAAUCCACUGCAUUAUUUGACAGUGAUGAGGGUGACUGGCAAGGCUCAAGUUCGCCAGUGACAGAGCGUGCUGUGGGCAUUGAGGUCUCACCGACUUCACUAACAAAGGAAGUGACACCCAAGGCUGCUGCCGCCUCAAAAGCAGUGAAGACCAGUCUGUUUGAUUAUCCUGAGGAGGAGGACUUGUUUGGUGUAUCUGGGAAGGAAAGCCAGAAAAAGCCCCAAAAAGUUUCUCUUUUGUUUGAAGAUGAUGAUGAAGAUGAUCUCUUUGCAUCUAAGCCGGCAGCCAGCAAACCUGCUGCUCAGCCUGCCGCAGCUCCUCAGGGGUCAACAGUGUUCAGCAAAGCUGUGGAAAAUGAUUCUGUUGAAUCAGAUGGGAAAAGCCAAACGGAACAGAAGGUUGAGACCAAGAAAAGGCCACCGGGUGCAGUUCCUCUUUUUGCUGGGAUCGAUGUCCUGCAGCAACAAGAAAAGACCAAACUGUUGACCUCGAAUGAUGUAACUUCCCAGGGAGCUGAUACUACUUCUAAGUCAAGUAGCCCCAGUUCACAGGAGGAGUUGCUGAGCAAUCGCAAAUCAGUAGUAAGUCUGUUUGAUGACAAGGAUGAUGAGGAUCUGGAGGAUACAGCUAGCCAGCAUAAUCUAGUUCAUGAUGAAAAGCUUCCUGAGAGCGGUACGAGUACCAGGGUGUUCCAGGAUGAAGAGUUGCUGUUCAGUCACCACCAGCAGAAGGACAAUGAUCCAGAUGUUGACCUCUUUGCUGAUGCUCAGAAACCAGAGGUUAAAAAGACACAAAUGAAGCCUCCCACUAACCCUCCAGCGCCACCUCAGACCAAGGCUGUGGAGCUUCCCAGUCACGAUCUCUUCGACACAACCGAUAGCUUGUUCAACAGCACCAAGCCAUCAUCUGCAAAAUCUCCUUCCAAGUCCAAUAUUUUUGAAGACAAAGAAGAUGAAGAUCUCUUUGGUGCAGUAUCUAAAAAGCCGCCUGCGGUACACACGAAACACACCAAUAUGGGUCCCAUCAAAAUAAAAGGACCUUCCUCUCGGAUUGGAAAGCUCCAAGCAAACUUGGCGAUAAAUACAGCGAGCCUCCUACCAGGAGCGUCACCCAAGUUUCAAGGCAUUAUUCCUGGGUCUGCAUCAAUUUCACCUCCAUCUACCCUAUCCACAAACAUUGCCACAGCUCCCGAAUCCCCACUGGGUGAGGGCAGUGUGAAUCUCAAUGAACCCGUCCAGGUGGACAUCCUGCACAGUGUUAAUAAGAACCGUGCAAAAGUAGCAAGGAAGCGUCGACCUCCAACAAGGGAGGCAAGGCGACUGGCAGCUCAACAGUCUGCUGAGGUGGAAGAAGUGGACCAGAGAUCAGAAAUUGAUGGCACUUCAGUGAAAAAGAAGGUUUCUGCACCAGGUCUUUCUGUGAAACAAAGUCCAGACAAGACCCUCUCCGCAGCGCCAACGUCGCCAAUUGAAAGAUCCCCUGAUAAAAGUGCUGACCCACUCUCUGCUGCCACUGUAGAUCUUGAUUCUGAUCUCUUUAGUUCAGGUGAUUCAUUUAAAUCGAGCUUGGUGCAGCCACCGACUGCCCCAACUGAGAUCAGAAAGGACACGCUGCCGAGUAAGGAACCAGUCCAGUCAAUGUUUGCACCUAGCGAAGAUGACCUUUUCAAGUCUAGUAAACAAGCCAUGAAGAAACCCAAACCUGCUUUCCUUGAAGAGGAAGAUGAAGAUCUUUUUGGAACAGCAAAACUGGAGACAACUAAACCAUCAACAAAAACAUCAAAAUCAAUAGACAUCUUUGAGGAUGACCUAUUUGCCACAGAAUCUGUCACCCUAACCAAGAAGAAGAACGAGGGUGACACUGAUGUAAACCUCUUUGAUGACAAUGUUGACAUAUUUGCUGACAUAAAAAUAGCUCCAAAAGAGAAGAAAAGCAGGAAGAAGAUUGAAACCAAGUCAAUAUUUGACGAUGACAUGGAUGAUAUUUUUGCUUCAUCCUCAUCCUCAGACAGCUCCAAGAAACAAUUCAAACCCAAGACCAAAUCAAACCAGACUGCCAUUCCGAUCAGCACAGCAGAAGGCAAAACUGCAAACAUUUUUGAAGAUCCUUUGAACGUUUUUGGACCAUAAGAUGCAGGUGUAAAAGCAAUGUUAAAAGUUACCGGGAGGGAGAGGAGUAACCCAGCAUUUCUUCCUCCUCCUCCUGUCCAAGGCAGUGUUCUAGUUUUCGAAUAUUACAGUUAAACCUUAAACAUCGUCAGACCUCAAAACUGAUAGGUGGAGCAGAGGUUGGUGCAGUUACCUUGUAAUUUUGAAUACUCACACUUAUUUCCAUUUGGUCUCCUAACCCUCUUGUGAACCAUAUUUUUUCCUGCACAAUUUUGAUGCCUUAAUUGUUAAACAUUUUACUCAAUUUCACCUUACGUUAUUGAGAAAUCUCUCUCAAGUCUGUGGGGAAUUUUCUUUUUGCUUUGAGUAUGAAGCACUGAUUUCCAGUACCUGAUAGGUAGUUUGAUGCCUUCUGGUAAUCUUAGAUCAUUGAAUUUUAUUAAAUUCUUUUGUAAAUUGUGGUAUUACAUUUGAGAUGGCUUGCUACUUUCAUGAACAAUAUCCCAUAUUUGAAGUUAAGGAUUCUCUAUGACCAGUGCAAUAUAAUGUAAAUAUUACUCAUGAAAUUAAAGACGUGCUUUGUAAGGAAAUUAGUUGCAGACUUACUAAGGCCAAGGCUGACUAGACCUUAUGGCAUUUGAAGUCAGUGGUUUGAGAUCAAAGAUGCAUCUGUUAGAUUCAUAUUGAGGCCAUCGGCUGUUUCAUUCUGAUUGGAGUUAAAAUGCUCUGGAAAAAUAAAACUGCACAGUGAACAAACUUUGUAAUAAAUCUUAUUACAUCCUGCA